AUGUCGAGCGGUUCAGAGGCGUUCAUCACACCGCCGGAAGGCCUCGAAAGGCUUCUCUUGGCGCAUCUGCCCACGUCGCUAACCCUGCUGCGAAAGGUGCAGUACCUACGUCGCAAGGCAACCUCCACGGCCAAGUUUCCUCAAAUAUUGUUGGCGUCAGAUGGCGCACCCAUUGGCGACGGAGCCGAGUCGCUGUCUCAGCCCAGCUCAUUCACCGUGGCCUACAUCAACACCACGGUCGCGCAGAGCACGUCCAUGUAUCUGUAUUCGACACUCCAAAACUACCAAGACGAGCCCCCGAGCAGCGCCGUGGCAGAGACGGAGAGACAACUGGAGCUCAUUUUACAGAAGCUAAUACAGCUACGCCAGGCAAUGGAGGAGGAUUUGAAGAUUGAACUGCCGCCGUCCGUUGUUUUGGGCAGCUUGCACUCGCGCAUCCGGGGCCUGUGGGAAAAGACGGGGCGCAUCUCGCCGCGACCAACGGGCUUAUACGACAAGUGGAUUUUCGACGUGAGCAAGGUACCCCGGCUGGAUGAGUCUCUCCCGGAAGGCAUGGCCUGGGGAUCCGGGACCCUGGAGGACUGCCAAGUCGUGGCAUCGCGCACCGACAUCCCACGGCCAGUAGAGUAUCUUAUACAGAUGCCUAGUCUCUUUAUCAAGCUUGGGGACGGGACGCCAAUUUCUUGGGCUUUCCUAGACACCGUUGGAUCGCUGAUCUCGGUGCACUGUGAGGAGCCUUAUCGAAACAGAGGCCUGGCCAGAAAAAUCAGCUCCAAAAUUCUUCGUGAAAAGGUGGACUGGUUUGGCCCUGGCGGUCUGAGCUCUGCCGAUGUCGCGCCAGACAAUGUGGCAAGUCGGGCCAUGUGCAAGAGUUUAAGUGGAUAUCCGACAUAUUCCGUAUCAUGGGUGAUGCUGGAUUUGCGCGACUCGGUCGUUGCCCCCAACAAGACUGACUAG